AUGGCCAACAUCGAUCCCGUAAAUGAGCCAUAUGACGACAAUUUGUAUUUUGAUCCCUCGGUUUUGGAUCAAAAUGAAUAUGAAGAUUUCUCUCACUUCUUCCAAGUUGAUAUUGUGUUCGGUAGUAGGGAAGAAUUAAUCAACUGGGCGAAAGCAACUGCAGUUAGUCAUUGUCACCGUUUGAUUUGUCAGUCUAAAAGGGAGAAUGCACAGUACAUGACGUGUGACAAAUACGGACAUGGCCGACAAACGAAUAUCGAUGUGGAAGAUCCUAGAAACAAAGGAACAAAAAAAUGUGGUUGUCCGUUCAAAUUGAUUGGCAAAAGAUCAAGGUUUGAUGAAUUAUGGCGGUUGACUGUCAGCGAUGGCAGGCAUAGUCAUCGUCCGGCUUUGUUUCCUCACGGACAAGGUACGACUAGUCGUAUAACUCCACAACAGAAAGCAAGAAUUAAAGAAUUGCGAAAUUCUCACGUGAAGCCAAUGCUAAUCAUGGAUAGAUUGAGAAAAGAUGAUCCGACGAUACAAACCUCUAUGAAGCAUGUUUACAAUGAGUUGGCCAAGAUUAAAUCUGAAGAAAUGGAGGGCAUGACUGUUAUUCAGUUUAUGAUGCAUAACUUUCAACAAGGCGAGUAUCGAUAUUGGCAUCGCGUCGAUAGUGAAACGAGCAACACGAUUACAGAUAUUAUGUUUGCAUGUCCCGAAUCUAUUAAGUUAUUACAGCUGUUCCCGUAUGUUAUAUUGAUGAACUGCACAUACAAAACCAAUAAGUAUGGAAUGCCUCUUUUGGAAAUAAUUGGGAUAACUCAAGUUGGGAGGAAUUUUACAAUUGCUGUUGCAUUUAUGUCGCAUGAAGAUGCAGACACCUACGAGUGGACUUUGAAUUGUUUGAAAGAAUUGCUAGAUGGUGUCGAACCUGAUGCGGUCUUGACAGACAGAGAGUUGGGUCUUUUGAAAGCACUGCCAAAUGUCUUCCCAUUUUCGUAUCAUAUGUUGUGUAUAUUCCAUAUAAACAGAAAUGUUGAGGCAAAUGCGACGAAAUUUAUGGGAGGCAACAAAGACCAAGGUCUAAUAUUCCGACGUGUGCUGUGGGCUAAGCUGGUGAAAUCAGAAACCGAAGAAGAGUAUCAUUACAAUUACAAUGAAAUUGUUGGACGGGUGGAGAGUGCUCAUUCUUCAGCGAAGGGUUGGUUAAAUGCUUCGACCGGAGGUCUGGAUAACGUGCAAGGCAAACUUCGGGACCAAGUUUAUAUCCAAAUUAGUCAGCUGAAGUGCGAUUUUUCAUUAUCAUCCAAGAUAAGGAAGCAUACUGCAGCAUGGCCGUGUUUUCAGGGUUUGAUUUGUUAUGUUACGCAUCUGGCAUUAGAGAAAUUGGAUGAAGAGAUGGAGUCCCCGGCGAUGCAAGAUCCGAGUAUUAGCACACACUAUCUUUGGAAUACUCAUGGGCUCCCAUGCGCGUGCAAAAUUGUGCAGAAAAUGGAAGAUAAUGGCACGUUCGUCAUUUUAGACUUGCAUCCAUUCUGGAGUACCAUGGCAGUUGAGCCUUCGGAGCUACCUGAGUAUCAAGUAAACCGCGAGGAGAUUGUGGAUAGACAGAUUGAUGACCUGAAUUGCAAUUUGAAGAAGAUGAAUUACAUGAGUAAGAUAAAUGCCGUGGCCUCAUUGCGUGGCAUCGUUUAUCCGUCUACGUCGCAUCUGUCCGAGCCAUCAUUUGUUAAGACCAAAGGACGACCAAAGAAUAACUCGACAAAGAGAGACCCUUCUGGAUGGCAGUAUCAUAUUGAUGAGGAGACAAUUAAGUCGUCUUGUGGUUCCAAGGGUCGCCAAACCUCAUCUGGUGCAAAGAUUCCUAAAGCAAAGGUUGAGAGAAGCACUGAUGGAACGCCUCAAUCGAAGAUGAAAGGUCGUGGUUCUCGUAUUCCCACACAAGAAUCUGCUGCCGCUACAAUACAUGCACAUGAAGGAAUCGACUUUUAUUCUUUCGUGCCCAGAUUUAUGGUCCGUCUUAUUCAAGAUUAUGUUAACGUGAUGGCGGAUGGCAACUGUGGGUACCGGUGCGUUGCUCAAGCCGUGUACGGGGAUCAAGAAAGAUGGUCGCAAGUGAGAGGGGAGUUGCUUAUUGAGUUAUACGAGCAUGCUAAUGUUUACACGGCGAUGUUUGGCAGUACCGGAUACGUUGAGGUCAUACGCAAGUAUGACUGGACCUCAGGGCCUUGUCCACAAGCUUAUUGGAUGGACAUGAAUGAAAUGGGAUUGGCCAUUGCUACCAGAUACAGUGCAUUAGUGGUACUUUUGACUCAAGUAGGGAGUAUGACUUACCUUCCUAUGUUUGACAGUGGUCACUUAUCAUGUGAUUGUUGUGACAUUGCACAACAAUCAUUUCAUGUUUGUUAA